AUGGAUAACUUGCUUGCACCUAUUCAGGAUGUGUUGGAAGGCCAGAUUGACUUCCACGGCCAGCGCCUAGCAGAGCUUCUAAGUACAAUACUACUGAUUCUCUCAGGAGCCAUCAGCUUCAUCAUCGGAUACAUCUACAAGGACAUCCACUUGACACUUUGGGUUGGCCUGGGUGGCACUCUUUUUACAGCACUCGUUGUCAUUCCACCAUGGCCUCUGUAUAACCAGAACCCAGAGAGGUGGCUAGGAACUCCCGGAGCAAGGGCAGAACCAAAAGUAUUUGUCGAUGGGGUCAAAGUGACCUAA